GGGAGAGAGUAGUCGCGCUCCGCAUUCCAUUCACGCGUCGCGUCGUCACGUAUUCAGCGCUCGCGCCGAGUGAUCUAAAGCGCGGAUCGAUAAAAUCGCUGAUUUAGCAGUAUGCGGCUUGCGGCCACGUGGCAGAUGCAGUUCCGGGGAUGCCGUUCCGCCGGAUGCAGAUGCAGCACUAGAGGAUCCGGUUUGGCCCGAACGGAGUCUUCUCGAAGACUUGGCUGGGCUUUGGCAGGACGAAGGCAAGUAAGCGCAGCUCCAGUGGACGCGGAUGCCGUACCGGAGGAUCCGGUUCGGGCAGAGCGAGCUCGGCUCGAAGAUCUCGCAGCCGAACGUGGCUGAGCUCUGCUCUUCGGUGAUCGAUCUGUGUGCAGGAACUUUUUAUCGCGAAAGCUACAAUGCAGCUCGAUGCAGCCGGAGGCUGGAGGAUUUCAUUGAAGCUGAACAGAAUCUCCUCGAAGAUUUGCGAGAUGAAACCGACCCAGAGGACGGUGGACAUGGUUACUGCACCGGAGGAUCCGGUUCGGACCGAGCAGAGUCGGUUCGAAGAUUGUAUCGCAGAACGUGGCCGACUCUGUUCUACUGUGAUUUUGCGAGUGAAGUGCAACGAACGUGGGACGACGUGAGACGACGUGAAGCGGAAGCUGCGGGCUCAUGACCAGGAUGGACCUGGAUAGGUCCGGAUGGACCUAGUUGGACGUUGUUGGAUCUCAGCGCGCAAUGAUGAUUCCGAGUCGCCGAGCGACACGUACACAACGGACUGAGUAUGUCGCCGUUGUUGCUCUCCGUAAUCAAAACCUAGUAAUCAAAUUUGUCCUUGUGCCUCGGGGACUCUCCGGAUCCUUUCAUUCAGUCCCGGGUCGUCGAGUGAUACGCAUACUGACGAACUGCACGUGUCGGCGCGUUAUAUUUUGUGCUCCUCCCGAGUAAUUAAACUAUUUCGCCGAUAUAUUAUGGAACACAAUUAGUCUCUCGUCGGUGUCGCGGUAUUUAACACGUGUCUCUUGGACUGAAUUGUGUCCACGCGAGUGUCAGUGUCAGUGCCACGACGGAGCAGACGGGAGCCAGAGUGCUGAAUGCUGGAAGCCGGGAUAGAGGGAGACCAGGAGCGAAGCCAGGACACAGAGGACACACUGGGACGUGGACAACGGUGCAUCAUAUAUCUCAGUGUCUUACGAACCCGCCGAAUAAGCGCCAAGCGUCAAACCGUCAUCGUGCUGAGACGCGCUCCAAGCACCAAAUGGAAGGGACCAACAAUACCGAUGGUAACCGGCGUUACCUUGAUUUUCGUGCGAUCGGCCGACAAUGGGCCUCAUUGAAAAUUUGUUAUUCCGCCGGUGUAUGAAAAUUCAGCUGCAGCGCGAAGGGAGCGCGAAUGCCCGGCAGCGAAGGUACUUUCAACGUCUCGUAUUGUUUAAGUAGAAAGUUUCGUCCCGCCUGAAUACUCGCCAUGAUUAAAGAGAGCUGCCUCGCGUCGGUGCUCCUCGUGAUGAAACUCACCGUUUCCAGGACGGACAUUGUUCUGGAACUCGCGCUCUCGCGACGGACGCGAAUCGACUGUUAAAUCGUUGCGUUUGCGCCCGCACGCGGACUGGAGCGAACGAUGGCGGCGGCGGCGACGGCGGCGAUGGCGACAAUGCGCGCGGAAAAAUACUUACAAUUAGUCUGCGCGUUUGUGCGCGCGCGCAGCGGACAUGCGAGAUGGGCCCGUUUGCAGAAGCGCGGUAACCCAGUUUGGUGUUUUAAUAUUUCUACGUCUCGUCAGAUAGCGCGUCCGCCGUAUUGUCACAAUGGCGGCCAUCGCGCGCCGAACAAUGCGAUUGUGCCUUGACAAUAACACGCGUUAAAAGAUGAUGCACGCGCGUUUAAUGGACCGAUGAAGUUACAAGGACGCUCGAUGGAAUUACCGACGGGCGUGCCGCCGUUAUAACGUCCCGCGGAAUCGCGCGAGCCGCUUUUAGCGAAUCGGUGUGUAUUGCGCACACCGCCAUAAGUCGUACUUCGCCCGCGGCCGGAUGUGACGCGCGGAACGACGCGCGAUUCGCGGGCAGAGCUGCCACAUGUGGG